ACUUAUUUGUGUUACUUGGUAUAUUACUUGUUAUGUUUGCUAUCCAUUAAUGCUUGUCUAUCUCCCUCCCUUAAUGCCUGAUGUAUUUAUUGAACUCUAUGCAGGUCCUGUUGAUGAGUCCAAAAAUCACCUCCCUGAUAUUCUCUGUGUUAUCCAGAUAGAGUGUUUGGUCCAGCAACAACUACUCGUCAUGUUUAUGAUGUUGCUGCUCAGCAGGUUGUCAAUGGUGCCAUGCAAGGAAUUAAUGGUUUUCUCCAACAAUAUGGGAAAGAAAUCUGGGCCCGUCAUAACAAAAUGCAAGGAGAGCGAAAACUGGACAAAAGUUACAUUUAAGCCUGACUUAGCAAAAUUCAAUAUGACUCAUCUUGAAGAUGAUGUUGUUGCCCUGAUGAAAAAGCGUGUGAUUGACUUGGUGGGAUGCCUUGGAAAGACUGUGAAGGUUGAGCUUAAUGGGAAACGUAUUCCAAUAAAGUCUUUUCUUGACUAUGUUAAUCUCUACCUUCAAUCUGCCUCCAAAGCCAGACUAGAUGCCCUCCCAGGAGAGUGA